AUGCUCGGUUCCAUUCUCCUCUCGCUUCUCGCGGCAAAUGCAGUAGUAGCCGUGCCAUUGGAGUCUUCGAAACCACCCGCAUGGAUACCAGGUCCCACAACUGGAACCGAUGAACUGGCUAGAAAUGGUCUUUCCAAGUUGGAGGCAUACCUACAGACCAACGCGGGGUCCAAGAACAGCAGUUGCACGCUGAAAACCGCCCACAGACGCAAGGAAUGGGAUGACCUAGUACCGGACCAGAAGAAAGAGUACAUUGCGGCUGUUCGUUGCCUGCAGACCUUACCUGCCAUCAGUGGAGAAUCGGCGCCAGGUGCGAGGUCCAGAUACGAUGAUUUCGUGGUCGUGCAUAUUGAUGGRACUGCUUCCAAUCAUACCAUUCACAAUACGGGCGUUUUUCUCAGCUGGCAUCGUCAGUAUAUCUGGGCGUUUGAAGAGGCCCUUCGUAAUGAGUGCAACUAUACCGGCUACCAACCCUAUGUAAAAUUUGGGCGAUACAGCAACUCCGUAAUCGGCGCCCCUAUCUUCGACGGAUCAGAAACAUCCCUCAGCGGCAACGGUAAAGACGUCCCACACGGUCCCAUCCCCCUCACAGCCCCCGAAUCCUCUCCCAACGGCGUAGACGUAGAAAUCCCCGCCCUACCCGGCGGAGGCUGCGUGACCGACGGUCCUUUUGUAAACUACACCGUAACCCUCGGUCCCAGAGGUCUAGCCUCCAUAAACGACACCAAACCCAACCCUCUCCCCAACGGCAAAGGCUACAACCCCCGCUGCAUGCGGCGCUCCCUGAAUGUCAUCUCUGCGAGCGGCGUCUCGGAUGCCAAUUGCACAAAACUCAUCACCGAAUCCCCCAAUAUCGAACUUUUUCAAGAUUGGAUGCAAGGUCCCUUUGAUUUUGGGACUCCGGAAUAUGGAGUGCAUGCUGCUGCUCAUUAUAUGGUUGGAGGGGACCCUGGAGGGGAUUUUUUUACUUCGCCUGGUGAUGUGUUUUUUUGGUUUUUGCAUGCGGAGAUUGAUCGUUUGUGGUGGAUUUGGCAGAUGCAGGAUUUUGGGGGGAGGGUGGGACAGAUUGCGGGGACUUUUACUCCUUUGAAUUUUCCUGCUAGUAGGAAUGUUACGUUGGAUGAUGUUGUUGAUUUGGGAGGGAUGUAUGGGUAUGAGGCUGUGAGGAUUGGGGAUAUUGUUGAUACGAUGGGGGGAGAGUUUUGUUAUAUUUAUGAGUGA